CGACUUAGCUCCAAAUAACUAAGAAUGAGCGGAAGAGGAAAAGGCGGGAAAGGACUCGGUAAAGGUGGCGCUAAGCGUCACCGUAAAGUCCUCCGUGAUAACAUCCAGGGAAUCACCAAACCAGCGAUCCGCCGUCUGGCUCGUCGUGGUGGAGUGAAGCGUAUCUCCGGUCUGAUCUACGAGGAGACCCGCGGUGUGUUGAAGGUUUUCCUGGAGAACGUGAUCCGUGAUGCCGUCACCUACACCGAGCACGCCAAGAGGAAGACCGUGACCGCCAUGGAUGUGGUGUACGCUCUGAAGAGACAGGGACGCACUCUGUACGGAUUUGGAGGUUAAAUCACUGAUCCGCUGUCUGCAGACAACAAAAGGCCCUUUUAAGGGCCACUAACUUCUCUCUAGAGCAAAGAAUCUACGUUCGUUUCUCUCGAACUUUGCUGAAUUCCAUAAACAAAUAAGGUUCUCAGUAGAUUUUUUUUGUCAUAGGCACGCUAAAUGAACCUGCAAUGUUAAACCAGCCACCUCCCAUUUCAUUAAUUCUUACAGGGUGUCGGAUGAGCUUCCACAUAACCACAGUCCUGUGGCCAAUUCAGGUAUUCAUUAAACUAUAAUCCUAUCGUGUAUUACUCGCAUGUUUUCAAAAUUGUGUGCCUUGUCUAGGCUACCCCA